AACAGGUUCGGAAUACGGCAAGACGAAGCACGUUGAGCGCUGACAGGAGGCGCUCCGUGUGAAAUAAUAUUUUAUUACAGGGUAAAAUAAUGAUGGGUUCAAGCUUAAAACCUGCUCUUACGAGAUGAGAAAUGAAGCACGCGACGAUUCGGUGGACAUCGUUUAUGAAAUAAGGCGGUUUAAGCUUUGUGUUAGCGAUGUUUUUAGCUUUUCCCAGACGUCACCUGCUAAGUUGUGCGAAAGGGCACGUAGCACGGAUCAGUGGUGCAGCUCAGAGCUACACACACGUGUUUGUCUGUCGUCAAACCUGUCAUCUGACAGCUACAACAGACACUAAACAUCUUCAGAGACUAAAUGUGAACUUUUCCUGCUCUCACCAUCGGCCUGAUUGUGUGCACUUUGUGGAGAAAGUUGUAGCUCCUGCGUUUCCUACGAGGUUCACUAACAAACUAACAGCAAGGACGAAUCAGUCACCAGUAAACAGACCAAAUGUCACCAUCUUUAACUGUCAGCUGCACAAACUGGGAGGCUUUUGGGGUGACAGGGUCAGUGUUGGCCUUCAUUCGAGGUUAAAGGGAUUAAAGGGAUACUGUACUGAACCUGGAAAAUCUGCACAGAAAGAAGAUCAGAAAGUUUUGGGUCAAGAAAUCAGUGAAUGUGCUUCUUCCUCCUCUUCCUCUUCCUCAUCUCCUACGUCUAACGAGGUUCAAUUUAAAGAGCUGUAUGAAAAUCCAUGGACAAUCCCCAACAUCCUUUGCAUGGCCAGGAUUCUCCUGUCUCCUGUGCUGGGUUACUUAAUCAUUGAACAGUAUUUCUACACGUCUCUUGGACUGUUUGCUUUAGCCGGAGCAACUGACUUGCUGGACGGCUACAUUGCACGAAACUGGCCAAACCAGAAGUCAGCUCUGGGUAGCGCUCUGGAUCCGCUUGCUGAUAAGAUCCUUGUAAGCGUGCUGUAUAUCAGUCUGACCUAUGCACAGCUCAUCCCAGUUCCACUCACAGCACUGGUUAUCUUUCGGGAUGUUGCUUUAAUUGCUGCAGUUUUCUAUGUUCGUUAUAAAACGGUUCCUCCUCCAGUAACUCUCAGCAAAUUUUUCAACCCAUGCUACACUACUGCCCAACUUAAGCCAACUCUUAUAAGCAAGUUCAACACUGCAAUCCAGCUGUUUCUGGUGGCUGCGUCUCUCGCUUCUCCUGUCUUUCAUUACACUGACAGUGUUUUCUUGCAGUCUCUGUGGUAUGUCACUGCGCUGACGACUGUAGCAUCCGGUUACAGCUACUACCAUUAUGGAAGAAAAACCGUUGAAGUAUUGAACAAUAGAAAGUAGUUCUCUUGUGUCAUUACUGCAAGAUGAUAAUGCUUCAAGGUGAAUAAGGCUGGGAAUCAUUUUACUGUUGACCGUCUGUGGAUAUUCAUCGACUUGGCACAGAGUUGCAUUUAUAAAUGUACAGCGAUUGUUUUUUUUUGAAUGAAAUUAUUUUGAUAUCUCGAUGCACCCUAACUGUCAUAUGUAUUCGGUCAGUACCCAGUCUAUUCUUCUGUGGAAAGUUAUAUUUUACCUUUUUGAAUCAUCACCACAAUUUUUUGAUUAAAAACUGACUGACAAAAUCA